GUGCUCUUAGUGUUUCGGACUUUCGCUGUGCGCUAAGUUAGCGUUCGCAGGUUACGGACCUACAUUUAUUUAUUUAUUCUUUAAAGCUUUUCGAUUGUAGAGAUUGAGAUGCACUCGCUUUAGUGCGCAUAAUAGGUAUAGAGCAAAGUAUUGUUUCCUCAAGUGUAUAUUGGAAGAAAAAAGUGUAAAAUGUCACAUUUAAUUUUCCUGGCGGUGUUACCCAUAAUAAUUUUUCAAACCGCAUCCGGAGCGAGUGUAUGCAGUGGCGGCUGUCCUGAAGCGGCCGCCCCCCGGAGACAAGCGCCCGAGGAAAUCCUGGGCUUCGUCGUGGGAGACCAGGAGUUCUUCACCAGGGACCUUGAACACGAGAGUCCUGUCGUCGACUGGCUGGAGGACAAGGACGCUCCGGAUUGGGGUAGAAUGAUCAUGUUGCAACGACGUCAUGCCAUCUUGCCUUGGCCGGAUGCUCUGAUUCCUUACGUGGUGUGGGGAGACAAAAGGACGAAGAGGAUAGUGAACGAGACCCUCACCAUCCUGCAGAGGAGCACCUGCCUCGCAUUCAAGACCCGCACGGACGAAACCCGAUACUUGGUUAUCAAGGAGGGUCACGGAGGAUGCUGGACCUCGUCUGUAGGAUAUCCGCCUAGAGAUAAGAAGGUGAUAAUCAACUUAGGCGUAGGAUGCAGGUUCCAAGGCAAGAUCAUGCACGAAAUCUUGCAUGCCGCUGGAUUCUUGCAUGAACACACGCGUCCGGAUCGAGGAAAUUAUAUUCAAGUCAAAUGGGAAAAUAUUCGAAAAGACGCGAGGAAGAACUACGGGGUAGACCUGAGGUACAGCAGCCUGGAUAUUCCCUACGAUUAUAAAUCCGUCAUGCAUUAUGGGAGGUUCACUUUCUCGGAGACUUCCAGACGCCCUACCCUGGUUCCCAAGUUUCCUGUAGCCGGCGAACUCGGAGGGUCAUCACUCACGCCUCUCGACAUACUAAGGAUCAACACCUUUUACAAAUGUAUUUAAAACGAAGAUUAAAGCCUUAUGGAAAACGAAAAGGGAUGGAGUUUAUGCAUGAUACGAAUGGCAGAGGUGCGAGUUUCUGGUCAUGCUUAGAUGGUCGUAUAAGUGAUUGGAAGUUGAUAUGAUACAGGGAUGAUUUUGUAAUAUAGAAUGGGAACUUAGUAUUGCGGAUUGUAAGGUGAGGGAGGAUUUGGAACGCCUGUGAUGUGAAGUUAUCGGUCACGCAUUUCUUGUUCAUGCCUUUUUCAAACUCAUUAAACCUCAUUAGCGCUAAUUGUGACUUGUCGAUGGCUUGGCGCAGAUGAAACUGUCGAGGAGAGUGAAUAUACUGCCGAAUUAUAGAAAUGGAGGAACAGACACAGGUGGGCAGGUAAACACACAGACAUAUGCGCACGUGUGAACGUCUAGCUUUCCAGACACAUACAGAUGUAUUUAUUAUUCACUCACACAUUUACAAACACACACACACACACAAACACAUACAAGCACAUGUAAACACACACACACACAAACACACACACAGACACACACACAGACACACACACGCACAAGCAAACACAUACACUCCAAUUCGGAAAUGAUUAGAAAUAUAUAAAUCAGAAAUUCCCUCCGUCAAAACUUUCUUCUUACUCUUAGUAAACCUCAUUAUGCAAGUUUACACUCCUGUUUCACGGGGCUUUAACGAGGUGCGAGCCAGCCUUAUGAAUAGUCAAGUUGUGAUGAAUAUUCUGGCUUCGAUCUUAAUGUCUGAACACACACAAACGCUCGUUAACACAGUCACACACACACACACACACAUACAUACACACACACACACACACACAUACAUACGUAUAUAUAUCUAUAUCUAUAUCUAUCUAUCUAUCUACACACACACACGCAC